UGCGGAGAAACCCGGAGCGAACCUAGGCGUUUACGGUCCAUCAGCACUACAGGGAUGGCUAAUUUUGGGAUCUCAGCUGGCCAGUUGGUGGCAGUGGUCUGGGAUAAGUCAUGCCCAGUAGAGGCCCUGAAAGAUCUGGUGGAUAAGCUUCAAGUGUUAACUGGCAACGAGGGCCGAGUGUCUGUGGAAAACAUCAACCAGCUGUUGCAGUCUGCCCACAAAGAAUCCAGUUUUGACAUUAUUUUGUCGGGUAUCAUCCCGGGAAGCACCACUCUGCACAGUGCUGAGGUUUUGGCUGAGAUGGCCCGGAUCCUUCGGCCUGGUGGAUGUCUUAUUCUGAAAGAGCCAAUAGAAACAACUGUAGUUAACAAUUGCAAAGUGAAGACAGCAUCUAAGCUGUGUUCUGCCCUGACUCUUUCUGGUCUUGUGGAAGUAAAAGAGCUGCAGCGAGUGUCCCUAAGCCCAGAAGAGGUACAGUUUGUACAAGAACACCUGGGUUAUAAAAGUGACAACCUGUUGUCUGUUCAGAUCACAGGCAAAAAGCCAAACUUUGAAGUGGGUUCUUCUAGUCAGCUUAAGCUUUCUAUUGCCAAGAAGUCAUCUUCUUCAGUGAAGCCUGCUGUGGACCCUGCUGCUGCCAAACUCUGGACCCUCUCAGCCAAUGACAUGGAGGACGACAGCAUGGAUCUCAUUGACUCAGAUGAGCUCCUAGAUCCAGAAGAUUUGAAGAAGCCAGAUCCAGCUUCCCUGCGGGCUCCUUCAUGUGGGGAAGGGAAAAAGAGGAAAGCCUGUAAGAACUGCACCUGUGGCCUCGCAGAAGAACUGGAAAAAGACAAGGCAAAGGAACAGAAGACCUCCCAACCCAAGUCAGCCUGUGGAAAUUGCUACCUGGGCGAUGCAUUCCGCUGUGCCAGCUGCCCCUACCUCGGCAUGCCAGCCUUCAAGCCUGGGGAGAAGGUGUUGCUCAGCACCAGCAAUCUCCAUGAUGCCUAGGAGGGACCCGCUCCUGUCCCUCAGAUCCCACCACUGUGCUCCCGCCCGGGUCUGCUCACCACUGAGAUUCCCUUUGCAGGGUGGGUGCUCCGUAGACAGAGCGGAGCCGGCUGGGGUGCAGUGGUGUGCAGUGCUGCUAUGGAGCAAGACCAAGUUCUGUACCUCGUGUUGAGAGGAGCAUGAGCAGCCCUUCUCCUGAUGUCCACGUGCUGGCCACCACACUCCUGAGCCCAGGCGUCCUUGGCACUCUGUGACGAACCUCCAGACGCUGCCCCGUUCUAAGCUCAGCAGUGCUGCCACCUACUUGCCUUUCAGAGUUGCCGUUUUACUCCGUGUGCAGUUCUGGGUGAUAGGAGUCAGGGCACCAGCGGAGUCACAUACUUUGCUGUGAUGCUCUUCAGCAUCCCUCUAUCCCCUCCCACUCUCAUUUUCCUGUAGCAUCUGUGUCCUGUCAUUUCUGUUAACCUAGAGGUAUUAAACUUGCAUCCUUCUGCAUAUCUUGAGAUAA